CUAAUCACAAAGUGAACAAGACCUACAGAACGCCCGGCCCUGUCAUCUAUUUCUAUCUGGUGAGGCGUGUGAAGCAGCGGAGGGGAAGUAAGAAUACCGCCGACAAAUACGAAGAUUGCUUGUGUUGAUGCUUAGAAUUAGUUGCAAUGGCGCACAAAAGCAUCUAUUUUCCUGCCUUUAUUCCACAGUUGCAGCGGCGGCGGUGGCGGCGGCACCUGCUAAUGUAUUGAUGGAGUUCCUGGUAAAUUCACUCGACUUCUCAACAAAAGAAGCCAUUUCCACAAGAGACAAGUUAACUCGUUUGAGAUACAGACACUAUGACCCGCAUUUGUUACUUCAUCUUCUUGAUGAAAUGGGUAUGAACAAAUCACAGAUCAAAACCCUUGUUUCUUCUUCUCCUCAAUUGUUGUUUUGUCGUGUUGACGAAAAUCUCAAACCCAAAAUUAAGAUUUUACAACAACUUGGCUUAUCUGGGUCUCAACUUGCUACAUUUCUUACAAAAAGUUCUUUUUUGAGAAGAGGUUUACAUACUGUUAUAGAGCCUAAUCUUGUUUAUCUAAGGGAUUUGUUGCCCAUUCAUGACCAUCUACCUAUAAGUCUUAUUAAAGAGCCUAGGUUGCUUUCCUGUAAUCUUCCUAAAGUUAUGCCACCCAAUAUAUCAUUGUUGCAAAAUUUUGGCUUUUCAAUGGCCGAUAUUCUCAAGGCUUUUCACAGGCAUCCUAGGCUUCUGCUCAAUAGUCCUGAGUGGAUUGAGAAAGCAGUAAAUCGACUAGAAAAGGAUUUUCAUAUGCCUCUCAGUUCAGGGAUGUUUCUUCAUGGUGUUCAAGUACUUGUGUCGCUUGAUGAAUCCAAAUUAGAAAGGAAAUUACAUAUUUAUCGGAGUUUUGGAUGGUCUGAUUCUGAUAUCUGCUUAAUGGUGCAAAAACUUCCUUACUGUUUGACUUCAUCAGAGGCUAAGAUAAGGACUACGUUGAAGUUUUUCAUGAACGAACUGGGGUAUGAACCUAAUUAUCUGGCUUCUCGUGCACCGCUUUUAAAGCUUAGCUUAGAGAAGAGGAUCAUGCCAAGGAAUGAAAUCUUGAAAUUUCUCAAGGAAAACCAGCUGCUAAAACGGUGGCCAAGUCUUUACACUGCUGUGUCAUAUUCUGAACUGGAUUUUCAAAAGAAAUAUGUACUUCCUUUCAGGGAAAAGAUGCCCGAGAUGUAUGAUUUAUACAUGAAAAGUAUAAGCUAAAGAGAAAUCCUUACAGUGGAGACAAUGGCUGCAGAGUGAAGAGGUUUAUUCAACUCCGUGAUGAUUACAAAGAACGCAAAGCUUGCAUCAAUGUUCAGCUCCUUCUGGAAUUAGCUUAGUUGGAUCAGAAAUCACAUUCUGAAGAUAAGAAAUCCUUUUCUGCUAGUAGCUUAGAUAGAUAUGGUAAAGCUCUUCCAUCUCAUAAUGGAUCUUUUUAUUUCUGAGCUUGAAAAUAGAGGGAAGUUCUGUUUAUUUUAAGUUAGUUUGUCCUAGUUCAAAGUCUUAUUUCGAGCUUACACUUAGUGAUUUUUCAGUUUCCCUUUGUUGGAUAUAUUUUUGAAACCUGCAAAAGUUUCUCAUGAUAUUUGCUA